GAGUCGCCCGGCAGGUUGGGCACCGCCCCUGCCACCUCCCUGCCUAGACUUCUCGGAGGGUGCGAGCUGUGGGGCGGGGACCGACCCGAGACCUGCGAAGCUCCGCCACCGGCUGACGCGCUGGAGAAAAGUUGUUCCUCGACCUUCUCUCGCUGGGUAAUUUGUCCCCGGGUCUUCAGGGUGUGUUGAAGCCAGGGCUGGAGGUCACCGCGCCCAGACGCGCGAGGGCAGCUGCCCCAGCGCCAGGAGUUGGGUGUUGGGCCCGGAGGAGCCGGCUCAGUUCUCUGUUGUGCUCUGUGCACUGGCCGCUCGGUUGUUUGCCCCCAUCCCGGACAGCCGCACAAACUUUCUGACUGUCGAGGGGACACAGCGUGGCAGGAGAAUCCGCGACCGUACGCAGAAGUCAUAUUAUAUCUGGAACCAGCCCAAUGAAGAGAGUGUUUGUGACCGUGGGGACCACCAGUUUUGACGACCUCGUCGAUCAUAUGGUUGCCAAGGAUAGCAUUCAGAUACUCAAGAGUCUGGGUUACAACCAACUGGUCCUCCAAAUUGGUAGAGGCACUGUGGUGCCUGAACCAUUCAGUACUGAGUCAUUCACUCUGGAUGUUUACAGGUAUAAGGAGUCGUUGAAAGAAGACCUCCAGCAAGCCGAUCUUGUUAUUAGCCACGCAGGUGCAGGAAGCUGUUUGGAGAGUCUGGAAAAAGGCAAGCCACUUGUGGUAGUUGUAAAUGAAAAGUUAAUGAACAAUCAUCAAUUUGAACUGGCAAAGCAGCUGCACAAAGAAGGCCAUCUCUUCUACUGUACCUGCAGCACGCUGCCUGGCCUGUUACAGUCAAUGGAUUUAUCAAUGCUGAGAUAUUAUCCUCCUGGCCAGCCAGAAAAAUUUUCUGCAUUUUUGGAUAAAGUUGUUGGAUUACAAAAAUAAACUCUCAACAUUUUAAAAUAACCCUAAGCCCAGUUCACAGAAUAUGAUUAAUUAAAUCAAAAUAAAUUGAUGACAUGUAUUUGUAGAACAAUAUAAAUCAGUAUCUUUACUAUAAAAAAUAUCAUAAGGGAUUUUGUGACAUAAACAUUCCAGUUGGGUCUAGAUCCUAAUUUUAGUAAAUGUUUGUGGUUUCUCUAACUUUGAAUAUGUAGCAGAGUCCUAACUUUGAAAAUGUAGCCUUCCCAGUUUUGUCCUAAAAUUUCAAAAAACAAAAGCUGAGCAGUGGUGGCGCAUGCCUUUAAUUCCAGCCCUUGGGAACCAGAAGCAGGUGUAUCAUCUCUAUGAGUUCAAGGCCAGUCUUGUCUACAUAGUGAGUUUCAGGACAGCCAGGGCUACCCAGAGAAACCCUGUCUCCAAAAACCAAAACAAAACCACCAAACCAAAAAAAUUAAAAAAAUGUUAAUAAGAAUCAAAUAUUAGGUGUUAUUUUGAAUAAAAAAAUGCUAGCAAUGUAACAUUUUGGUGAGAAAAUCAGCACUUGUAAAGUGGAUCAUAGUCUUAAGAGACAGCAUUUUUGUAUUAAGCAGAAAAAAAUGGGUUUACUUUGUAGAAGCUAAUAGUUAAUUUGAAAAAGAUCAAAGUAUUUGAUGGAGUAACUACUUUUAUCCUGAAGAAUAAAAUAGAUAUGUUCAUCUUUUGAACUUCUGAUCCUUUAAGUGCUGGGAUUACAGGCACAUGCCAUCAUUCCUGGUAAUAUUUGUUCCUCUAAAACAGAAAGGCUGGGGAAAUUGUUCAGUACUUGCUGUGUAAGUGUGAGGACCUGAGUUUGCAUCUUCAGGAUAAAUGUUAGUCAGGCAUGGCAGUGUGUAUUUAAGAUCCCUGUGCCUAUGAUGAUAUUGGUAGAUGUAGACAGAAUCCCUGGAAGACAUUGGACUAAGCAGCCAUUAUUCACAACUGAAUGGUAAAAAGAGACCUGUUACCAAGCAAAGUAAAAAGUAAGGAUAGAGCCUGGGGUUUUCCUCUCACCUCCACCAGCUCAGCACAGGACACGUGCCUACAUUCACAUGGGUACAUACAGAUGUGUAGGUAGAAUGUGAUAAUCUUAACAAUGCCUUCAAGAAUAGAGAAUAAACCCAAAAAUAUAACAGUAAAAACAAAAAAAGAAGUUAUUGACUUUCUAUGGUCUUAUGUGCUUUUCUUGGUAAUUUUCAUAUUGAAUUUCUUUCAAAUAAAAAACUCCAUUUUGUGAGUGUUAUAACUGUGGUUGGAAAAUCUCAACAUUAGAGAUUUUGUUUUGUUUUUGUUUCAAGAAUUAGAAUGUAGAUAGUCUAUUUGCAUUCAUGUGAGAUCAGUAACAGUCCCGUUUCCCUUUGUUCUUGUUGAGCUGCUGUACACAUUGCUUUGUAUGAGUUUAUGCAGUCUUAAGAAAGACAUUCUGAGUGAACCAAAGUUUAAAUAUAAGAUCUAAAGGAUGGGGACAGGGGAUAAGGGAAGUUAGUCAGCCAGCAUGGUGGGGCUUGCCCUUGAGGAUAUGUUGAAGUCUUCAUACAAUACCAGCACAGUGGACCUGUAGGUGCCACUGCACCUUGUGUACAUAUAAACUAUCCAUACUAUGGACCUCAACCGUCUCAGAAGUAGCAGUACUCCAUAAGAAUUGUCAUCAAGCCCCACCCCCACCAUCUUCAACUCACUUUACCCUGCCCCUCAUUUGUGUAGCCGGUGCAGGUUCAAUGUAAACAGUUUAUGCUUCCCUCCCUCCAGUUCUGAUGAUAAAGUGACUCCUAGCUUUUAGAUCUGCUGCACUUGUUUCCAGUUGCUAUUUUGGCUCACUCCUGUUAACUCAAUAAACUCCUUAAUUUCAGAGAU